GGGGCUGGCAGUAGCGCCAUGUUGAGUGCUGGCAGGGCGGCGCUGAGGGGAGCGCGGCCGCCGCGGCUCUGGCAGCUCACCCCUCAGGAUGGGCUGUCAAACAAUCCCGGAGGAGCCUCUGGAGAUCGUCCAGUCCAACGCCCUGCCCAGGCAGGAUCACCUGGGGCAGCUGGCACAGGGACACGUCCAGACCCACUCCAGCAGCUCCUUGGCUUUCCUGACCUGAGGAGCCCAGAAUUGGAUGCAUUUUUUCCUGAGCAGAAGAAACAGCAAGAGCAGGAACUGCAGAGGCCUCGUGGGACUGGGAAAGAGGAGGAUGCAGAGCCAGGGAGGGCAGAGAUUUCCAAAAUCCACGUGGCUGGAGUUGAUGCCUGCCCCUGGCACGCCGGUUACUGCCAAGGCCAGGGUGACAGCUGCUGCAAUCCGGUGAGCAUGGGCUACAUCCAAAAACUGGUGGAGAAAAAAAUCCCCGGGAUUUACGUCCUGUCGCUGAAGAUCGGGAGCAGCCUGAUCCAGGACAUGGAGAACAGCUUCUUCAUGAACGUCAACGAGCAGGUGAGGGAGGUGUGUGAGCAGCUGGCCGCCGACCCCCGGCUGCAGGGCGGCUACAACGCCAUGGGCUUCUCCCAGGGAGGCCAAUUCCUGAGGGCUGUGGCCCAGAGGUGUCCUGCUCCUCCCAUGCUCAGCCUGAUCUCCAUCGGGGGACAGCACCAAGGGGUGUACGGCUUCCCACGCUGCCCCGGGGAGAGCUCCCACCUCUGCGACUGGAUCCGAAAAACCCUGGAUCUGGGAGCCUACACCAAGGCUGUGCAGGAGCACUUGGUCCAAGCAGAGUAUUGGCACGACCCGCUGAAGGAGGAGGACUACAGGAAAAACAGCAUUUUCCUGGCUGACAUCAAUCAGGAGAGGGGCAUCAACGAGACCUACAAGAAAAACCUGAUGGCUCUGAAAAAGUUUGUGAUGGUGAAAUUCCUCAACGACACCAUGGUGGACCCUCCAAUCUCUGAGUGGUUUGGGUUUUACAAAAGUGGCCAAGCCAAGGAGACCAUCCCACUGCAGGAGACCUCACUGUACAAAGAGGAUCGCCUGGGGCUGCAGGAGAUGGACAAAGCAGGGAAGUUGGUGUUCCUGGGGGUGAAGGGGGAUCACCUGCACUUCUCAGAAGAGUGGUUUGACAGCUCCAUCCUGCCCUUCCUCCAGUGAGGCUCCCCUGGAGCCCUGGGCAGGGCUUUUCUCUGACUAACACCAGCCACUGUGCAACAGCACUUGGUGCAUCCAAGCCUGCAGGGACCUGGGGAGGGGGUUUGGCUCAGGGGGGUUUGCAGGGUGGAAUUCCACUCCCAGCUGGGCUGAGCCUUGCCCUGACCCUGACACACUCCAGGGCCUGGUGAAUCCACCCCAGUUCUCAGAGCUGUUCUCCACCCCCUGUUCCUGCAGGGCACGCUGGCAGUAUUAACCCAACUCACCACUGCAGGGAGCAGCGAGACGCUCAUGGCUGUAUGCAGGGCAAUCCUGUUACAGCCAUGCUUCAGGAUGGGGGAAAAGGCCAAAUUUAGGGGUUUCUGGGAAAAAAAAAAGGGUUUGGAAUUCAGCAGUAUUAACAGCUUGAACAGUUUUCAACUAAUGGCUUGGUUUAUCUUCUUUUGUACAACUGAAAUCAAUAAAGAACUUGCCAUCUAACCAACUAAA